AUGCCUGAAAUUCAGGAGUGCUACUGCAGUGGCCUCCAACUGCAGUCAUUCCAUACUGCGAACAAGACGACCGAUUGGCACCUGAUUGCGUUAUACUGCGAUGCAACAAAAGACGAGCCAAAGGAUCCCAGCUCCCCUUGGGCUCGUGGUCUUGUUGGAAAGCUCAAUGCAACGUCCAAAGCAAAACGCGGCAAUACUAGUCAUCAGACGCCACUCUGGCCACCAUUCCUCGCAGCUAAUGCUCCACCAGCAGGCUUCAAGCUCGAGGAUCUUGUCCUAGCAGAAGUACAUUACACGAGCCGUAGCAUCGUGCUGAAUUUCGGCCACUGCUGGUUCCAGUUGCAGUAUCUUACUCAUACGUCAAUACAGACCUAUCACCGCCAACACUGGGAGGUUUUGAAGGAGACUUCAUACAUUGGGAAGGGCGAGACAGCGAUGCGAUCGUUCCGCAUCGGUUUGGCGAUGGAGUUUGAAGACUUCGUCAUCGCAUUUGUAUCCCAUGAUCAAGUAUUCCAGGUGACCUCAUCAGGAAAAAACCCUCUCGUGAAUGCGCCGUAA